UUGUGACUUUGAAUGUCAAUCUGUAUCUGAGUCACCACCAUACAUGCAUAGCCCUAACUUUAUCAAAAUCAAAAUCAGAAAGAAAGAUUUGGAAUAUUUAAAAAACAAAACUUUUACUUAAGUCUAUAUAUUAUAUUAUUUGUUUCUCUUCUCUGCCGUAAUGGUUUUCACUUUCAGUUUCACCUCCAAAACCCCAAAACCUCAGCGCUUAAUUUCCAAAUAACAGAAUUCAAUCCAAACGAUGUCGUUUCAUUCACUUUCCGACACUCAUUCACUCCUCCACCACCAUCUCACUUCUCCUUCCGCCUCUGUCUACGGCGGAGUAACACCGCGACCUUCCUUCCUCAAAAUCAAUCAACUCUCAAACUCACACUCAUUGGUUGCAAUUCCUCUUCGUCUCUCUGCUCUUUCCACUCAAGUUCCUAGCGGAGAAGGUGAUGAACUCAAUGCCUCUGCUUUACCUUCUCACCCUCAGGAAAAUUUAAGCCAUUCUCAGAGUACUGAUGAUGAUGAUGAAGAUUUACAUGAGCCAAUACAAACGGGAAUGUCAUGGUCAACUAUUACCACCCCAGGAGGAAGUGGGUCGGGUGGGGGUACUAGGGCUGGACUUUUCAGAACUCCGAUUUCCGGUGGUGUUCAGAGUGCAACCUCGGCACAUGGUUUGCCUAAACCUGCUUUAGCGGUUCGCAAUUUGAUGGAGCAGGCCAGGUUUGCUCAUCUUUGCACUGUAAUGUCUCGUAUGCACCACCGACGAGAAGGAUACCCAUUUGGUUCAUUGGUUGAUUUUGCUCCGGAUUCAAUGGGCCAUCCAAUAUUCUCAUUUUCUCCUCUUGCAAUUCACACAAGGAAUUUGAUGGCUGACCCAAAAUGCACUCUUGUUGUUCAGAUACCUGGAUGGAGUGGUUUGUCCAAUGCAAGAGUAACUAUUUUCGGGGAUGUUUAUCCGCUUCCAGAAGACCAACAGGAAUGGGCACAUAAGCAAUACAUCGCAAAACACCAUCAGGGUCCUUCUCAACAGUGGGGCAACUUCUACUAUUUUAGGAUGCAGAAUAUAAGUGACAUAUAUUUCAUUGGAGGCUUUGGUACUGUUGCUUGGGUGGAUGUAAAGGAAUAUGAAACCCUUCAACCUGAUAAGAUUGCAGUUGAUGGUGGUGAGCAGUAUCUGAAGGAACUCAAUGCUAUAUUCUCAAAGCCCCUAAAGAAACUACUAUCUAAUGAGGUUGAGGUAGAUGAUGCCGCACUCAUAUCUAUCGACAGCAAAGGGACUGAUAUUAGGGUCCGUCAAGGUGCCCAGUUCAAUAUUCAGAGGAUAUCAUUUGACGAAGGGCAGAGUGUAGAAACAUUAGAAGAAGCUAAAGCUGCUCUUCAGAAAUUAAUACACAUAGGAAAAGUGUGCAAUUUGCACAAAUAAGACGUUGAUUUGCAAAAAUAAGAAGUUGCGUGCGCGUAAUGUUAUCCUCUCUCUUUGACAGGAGUAGACAAGAUUGAAGAUUCCGAACCCCGCAAGCUUCUAAUCUUUUACUUUUUUGGACGCAUUAAUUUAUACUUUUUGUUAAGGUGGCUAACAUGCACCAGAAAUUGUAUCAUAUGUGCAACAUGCAAAGGAUAUUUUAUUUAGGCUGGUGGGUCUCAUGGGAGAAACUGGAUUCCCUGCUGUCAAUAAUUUCUGCAGUCACCACAGUCUUCUAAUUUACAUUAUGAUUUCAGCAAAUCAGAAACUUCAAAUUAACUGUCUGAUUUUCAACUGCUGAGAUCAUUGACUGUAGUGGCUGUUGAAUGCAUCAAAUCCAUUUCUGUCUCUGAAGAAAUAAAGUACUGUGUUUCUUUUC